CACAGCUGGGCCAGAGAAACAUCCGCGAGACUUCACCACAGACACGCCUGACUCACCUGCACAGACAUGGAGGACGACAUCUCUGCCCUCGUUGUUGAUAAUGGCUCCGGUAUGUGCAAAGCGGGUUUCGCCGGAGACGAUGCCCCCCGUGCCGUCUUUCCCUCCAUCGUCGGUCGCCCGAGGCACCAGGGUGUGAUGGUGGGAAUGGGACAGAAGGACAGCUAUGUGGGAGACGAGGCUCAGAGCAAGAGAGGCAUCCUGACCCUGAAGUACCCCAUCGAGCACGGCAUCGUCACAAACUGGGACGACAUGGAGAAGAUCUGGCAUCACACCUUCUACAAUGAGCUGCGUGUUGCUCCUGAGGAGCAUCCAGUGCUGCUGACCGAGGCUCCUCUCAACCCCAAAGCCAACAGGGAGAAGAUGACACAGAUUAUGUUCGAGACCUUCAACACUCCUGCCAUGUAUGUGGCCAUCCAGGCCGUGCUGUCGCUGUAUGCUUCUGGUCGUACCACAGGUAUUGUGAUGGACUCGGGUGACGGUGUCAGCCACACUGUGCCCAUUUACGAGGGCUACGCUCUGCCUCACGCCAUCCUCCGUCUGGAUCUGGCUGGCAGAGAUCUGACAGACUACCUGAUGAAGAUCCUGACGGAGCGAGGCUACAGCUUCACCACCACUGCCGAGCGUGAGAUCGUGCGUGACAUCAAGGAGAAGCUCUGCUACGUGGCUCUGGACUUUGAGCAGGAGAUGCAGACAGCAGCUUCCUCUUCCUCCCUGGAGAAGAGCUACGAGCUUCCUGAUGGACAAGUCAUCACCAUCGGCAAUGAGCGGUUCCGCUGUCCCGAGGCGCUCUUCCAGCCUUCGUUCAUUGGUAUGGAGUCAGCUGGUAUCCACGAGACGACCUACAACAGCAUCAUGAAGUGUGACGUGGACAUCCGUAAGGACCUGUACGCCAACACUGUGCUGUCCGGUGGCACCACCAUGUACCCCGGCAUCGCCGACCGCAUGCAGAAAGAGAUCACUGCCCUGGCCCCGCCCACCAUGAAAAUUAAGAUUAUCGCUCCCCCCGAGAGGAAGUACUCCGUCUGGAUUGGUGGCUCCAUCCUGGCCUCUCUCUCGACUUUCCAGCAGAUGUGGAUCAGCAAGCAGGAGUACGAUGAGUCCGGCCCCGCCAUUGUUCACCGCAAGUGCUUCUAAAAUGCUUCCGUGCUCCUCCCCCUCUGCCCUGGCAGGAGUCGCCGUACUUCCACUGUCCCAGCUAGACGUGCGUCUGGUUUGUCUCACAUGGACACGCCUGAAGAUGCUGUGAAUACGACGAAUCAGGUUCAAGUUUUAGUGUUACAGUAAACGUUUCACUUCAACCACAUUUAAAACGCACUUAACAAUUCUGGUCCAGUUUGAGCUGUUGCAAACGGUUAGUCAAGAAUUUCCACUGCAUCUCUCUGGUCAUACAACCUGUCAUGAAACUCUACAAA